ACCACCAAUCGCCCGUCGUCUUUACAACUCCGCCAGCAAUGACCUCAUAUCUUAAAAAAAAACUGACCCACUUGAAUCAUCCUCAUUCCACAAAAGAUUCCAAGAUCCCAUCCAGUCAACGUAUUCACUGCACAAUUAAACACCAGAUUCACAAACUGCAGCGAAGUGGCUGAAGAAGAAAGAGAUGAAAGAAUUACAAGAAAACGACGAUGAAAUCACAUCUCCACUUCUUUUUAACAACACCCAAAUCCACGGAUCCACCUCCCACGCGCCGCCGCCGGAGGAAAACUCGCCGAUAGAGCAGGUCGCACUCACGGUUCCGGUAACCGACGACCAGAGUUUACCGGCGGUUACUUUCAGAACAUGGACACUGGGAACACUUGCAUGUGUGUUACUUUCUUUUCUGAAUCAGUUCUUUUGGUACCGCCGGGAACCACUGUCGAUCACCUCCAUCUCCGCCCAAAUCGCCGUCGUGCCGCUUGGUCACCUCAUGGCGGCCACGAUCACCGACCGGGUUUUUUUCCGGGGGAAGUGGUGUGAGUUUAGUUUGAAUCCCGGACCGUUUAAUGUGAAAGAACAUGUGUUGAUUACGAUAUUUGCCAACUCUGGUGCCGGAAAUCCGUACGCGAUUCAUGUUGUAAGUGCUGUGAAGAUAUUUUACGGGAAGACGUUGACUUUUUGGGUGGCGUUGAUUGUGGUGGUGACCACUCAGGUGUUGGGGUUUGGGUGGGCUGGGAUUUUCCGGCGGUAUUUGGUGGAGCCGGCCGCAAUGUGGUGGCCACAGAAUCUUGUUCAAGUCUCUCUCUUCAGGGCGUUACAUGAGAAAGAGCCGAGGCCGAAGGGCGGGCUGACACGCAAUGAGUUCUUUCUCAUUGUGUUUAUAUGUAGUUUUGCUUACUAUGUUCUCCCAGGAUACCUUUUCCCGAUGCUUACUUCCCUCUCGUGGAUAUGUUGGAUCUUUCCUAAAUCUGUACUGGCCCAGCAGAUCGGGUCGGGCCUUCAUGGUCUUGGUGUUGGUGCGAUCGGGUUUGAUUGGUCCAGUAUAUCGUCUUACCUUGGGAGCCCGCUGGCUAGCCCAUGGUUCGCGACAGCCAACAUUGCCGUUGGUUAUGUUCUAGUUACUUACGUCAUAACCCCUUUAGCAUACUGGUUCAAUGUUUAUGAAGCUAAAAGGUUCCCGAUUUUCUCAGAUGAUCUGUUCACCUUCACAGGGCAAUCAUACAACACCUCAGCCAUUGUUGACUCUGAUUUUCACUUUGACUCAGACGCGUACGAUCAAGAAGGUCAAAUUUACCUCAGCAUCUUCUUCGCCAUGAAUUAUGCAGUUAGUUUUGCGUGUCUCACUGCUACCGUGGUUCACGUAUUCGUCUUUCACGGAAGGGAAUUAUGGCAGCUGAGUAAGUCGGCAUUUCAAGAAAAGAAAAUGGAUGUGCAUAGUAAGCUUAUGAGACGAUACGACCAAGUUCCCCAGUGGUGGUUCACUUGCAUUCUAUUGACUAACAUUGUAGCGACAUUGUUUGUGACCGAAUACUUUAAAAGUCAACUUCAAUUACCAUGGUGGGCGUUCUUGUUAGCCUGCGGUCUUGCAUUCUUUUUCACACUUCCUAUCGGUGUCAUCACGGCCACAACAAACCAGACACCAGGCUUGAAUGUGAUCACGGAGUACAUCAUAGGGUACUUGUAUCCAGGGUACCCCGUCGCCAACAUGUGUUUUAAGGUUUACGGCUACAUUAGUGUGAAACAAGCUAUCGUUUUUUUACAAGACUUCAAACUCGGGCAUUACAUGAAAAUCCCCCCAAGAUCAAUGUUCAUGGCUCAGGUAUGUGGUACCCUGAUAUCAGCAUUGGCGCACUUAGGAACCGCGUGGUGGCUAAUGGACACCGUCCCGAACAUAUGUGACCGAGCCUUGCUUCCCCCGGGCAGUCCCUGGACCUGCCCGGGUGACCAUGUGUUCUACGACGCCUCAGUCAUAUGGGGUCUAAUCGGUCCCCGCCGGAUCUUUGGUGAUCUGGGUUACUACAACUCGAUAAACUGGUUCUUUUUAGCAGGCGCGUUGGCUCCUAUUAUCGUCUGGCUCUUACACAAAGCUUUUCCGAGCCGAACGUGGAUUAAAUUUAUCACAACACCUGUUUUGUUAGGCGCAACAAUUAACAUGCCGCCUGCCACUUCUGUAAACUAUAACAGUUGGAUAAUUAUUGGGUUUUUGUCGGGUUUCGUGGCGUAUAGGUACCAUCAUAACUGGUGGGGCCGCCAUAAUUACGUGAUGUCGGGGGCGUUAGAUGCGGGAUUGGCGUUUAUGGGGGUGUUGUUGUAUGUUAGUUUGGAUAUGGAGGGUGUUAGUUUAGAUUGGUGGGGUAGUAACCCCGACGGUUGUUCAUUGGCUUCUUGUCCGGCUGCUGCGGGUAUUGUGGUCGAUGGGUGCCCGGUUAUUUGAUUUGUAAGAUUGUUUGUGAAGGUGUAUGUUCUAUUGUUUCAAAAUGUAAACUGAAUUGUUAUUUGUCAUGUAAAACAGAGGACUUGAGAACAAAAUGAUGGUGUCAUAUGAUUUAAGAUGGUGAAUAUAAAGUCAUAGAUUUAAUUUAA